CGAAUAGGAGGCAGGCCGGUGUUUUUCCACAACUGAUGUCUAAUGGUCACCCAUGUUGAGAGACAAAGGUCAGAAAAAAGCUCAUAAACUAAAUUUACCGCUGCUGCUGUUAUUCAGCAGCCAACCGCCGCACAAUACAGAAGGGACAAGACCGUUUCAAAGGAAUUAAAGGAAAUAAACAGUAAAGCAUGGCUCAGAAGGAGAAACUCCAGUGUCUAAAGGACUUCCACAAAGACAUUCUGAAACCGUCCCCGGGAAAGAGCCCGGGCACGAGGCCGGAGGAUGAAGCUGAAGGAAAACACCCCCAAAGGGAAAAGUGGGCUAGCAAGCUUGACUUUCUUCUGUCAGUCGCCGGGGGUUUCGUUGGUUUAGGCAACGUUUGGCGGUUCCCGUACCUCUGCUACAAGAAUGGCGGAGGUGCUUUUCUCAUCCCAUACUUCAUUUUCCUGUUCGGCGGAGGACUGCCCGUGUUCUUCCUGGAGGUGGCUCUUGGUCAGUUCACCUCUGAGGGAGGAAUCACCUGUUGGGAGAAACUUUGUCCCAUAUUUACAGGUAUUGGCUAUGCAUCCAUCGUGAUCGUUUCUCUGCUGAACAUCUACUACAUUGUGAUCCUGGCCUGGGGCUUGUACUACCUGUUCCAGUGCUUUCAGCCUGAGCUCCCCUGGGCAAGCUGCAACAACAAGUGGAACACUGAAAACUGUGUUGAGGAUACUCUCCGCAGGAACAAGACACUCUGGGCAGCUGCGAACGCCACUAACUUCACUUCCCCCGUCACUGAGUUCUGGGAGCGAAAUGUUCUCAGCAUCUCAGAUGGUAUCGAGCAGGUGGGUCAUGUUAAAUGGGAUCUGGCUCUCUGUCUGCUCGCUAUGUGGGUCAUCUGUUUCUUCUGUAUCUGGAAAGGUGUUAAGUCCACUGGGAAGGUUGUCUACGUCACAGCAACAUUCCCAUUUGUCAUGUUAAUUGUCCUGCUAGUACGUGGUGUCACACUUCCUGGGGCAACCGAGGGCAUCAAAUUUUAUCUGUACCCAAAUGUGACUCGCCUCGGAGACCCAGAGGUGUGGAUUGACGCUGGGACUCAGAUUUUCUUCUCUUACGCUAUCUGUCUUGGAGCCAUGACGUCACUGGGAAGCUACAACAAGUACAAAUACAACUGCUACAGGGACUGUUUGCUGCUGGGAGGCCUGAACAGCGCUACCAGUUUUGUGUCUGGCUUCGCAAUAUUUUCCGUCCUGGGCUUCAUGGCACAAGAGCAAGGGGUGGACAUUGCCGAUGUGGCAGAGUCAGGUCCUGGCUUGGCCUUCAUUGCUUACCCUAAAGCUGUGACUAUGAUGCCACUGCCUACAUUUUGGGCCAUUCUUUUCUUCAUCAUGCUUCUGCUGUUGGGCCUCGACAGUCAGUUUGUCGAAGUGGAAGGGCAGAUCACAUCCCUAGUGGAUCUGUAUCCAUCCUUCCUACGGAAGGGUUAUCGGCGUGAAAUCUUCAUAGCUAUUGUCUGUUUUGUGAGCUACCUGUUGGGACUUACCAUGGUCACCGAGGGUGGCAUGUAUGUGUUUCAACUCUUUGACUACUAUGCAGCCAGUGGUGUGUGCCUUUUAUGGGUUGCAUUCUUUGAAUGUAUUGCUGUAGCCUGGGUUUAUGGCGCUGAUAAUUUCUAUGAUGCGAUUGAAGAGAUGAUUGGUUACAGGCCAAAUCCUUGGAUGAAGUGGAGUUGGACUGUAGUCACACCUUUUCUGUGUGUGGGAUGCUUUGUCUUUUCAUUGGUCAAAUAUGCACCCCUGAGAUACAACAAAAUCUAUGAGUAUCCAGACUGGUCCAUUGGAGUAGGCUGGACCCUCGCUCUCGCCUCCAUGAUCUGCAUACCGAUGGUGGUUGUGAUCAAAAUCAUCCAGUCAGACGGACCCCUUAUUGAGAGGAUCAAAGCUGUGGCAGCGCCUGUGAGGGGAGGCGCCAGUUCUUGCCCACCAGACUACCAGCCGAAAAGCAACGAACUGGCACAACCGCUGGACCCCAACUGGAACGGAGGCUUGGCGAAGCCCACACACACCAUCGUAGAAACCAUGAUGUGAACGCUCUCUGUGAGAGGAUUCAAAUGACCUGCUUUUCCAUUUUAUAUAUAUGUGAUUCUAUAUACAUAUAUAAAGUAUAUAUAUAUAUACUCUGUAACUUUUGACAUAGUCAUAGGACCAGGUUUACAUUGCUAUGCAUCUGCACUAGGAGUCCUUGUUUUGUUUUUUUUUUCCUACAGAGGAAGUUACAUUUUUCUGUCUGUAUUUUUAAUAUUUUUAUCACGAUAUUAUUAUAUUACUAUUAUUGUUGCUGUUAUUAGCUAGAAAACAGAUCGCAAAACAGCAGUAUCCUGAACGUAGAACCAAUUUCAAAAAAUUUUAUCUUGUACAUAUCGAAAUUGAGUUGAGCUGUGAUUAUUUUUUUAGACAAAAAUUGUUGAGGAAAUUUAACAAAGGGCUCUGUAACAUCAAUCGUGAAACGUGUAUGAAGAUUUAAACUUGGGGCCACCUUUGCCCAUUGUGAAAUUGUCUUUUUAUUUAAUUAGGGAUUGCAGAUGUUAUGCAUUAUUGUAGAGCUUUAAGUGUGUCCCAACAAACCGUUUAGACUGGAGAUUGUGCUGUCCGGGCGAAUUGAGCCGUUAGCACUGCUUGUUUUCAAUGCACUAUACCACUAGGACACUACAUUCUCCACAGUGGUGCACCGUUUAAUUGGAUAGUUCGCACAAAAAUUGAAAUGUGGUCAAUGUAGUCCAAAACUUUGACUUCUGUUGUAACUAUAUGUUUUUUUAAAUAUAUUUUUGUAUGUUCUGAAUUUAAAAAAUCAAUCAUAGAAGAUUGGGAUGACUUUUUUGUGUGAACUAAGCCUUUUAAGUCUAACUGUUUUGUAAGUGUUCCUUUCCAAAGUCAUAUGACCUACGAAAUACACUUCGCACUAGUGUUGCCAAAAGUAUCCACUUCAGUACCAAUCGGUAAAUUGUAAAAACGUCUAUUUCUUGCUAACAUUCAAGUGCCAUGAACAGUGAUGAUGAGUGGUGAACCGAUGACCUUUACGGCCAAUCACAGUCAUUUCAGCAUGUUAACACAAUGGUCAAUCAGCGUUGCCUAAGAAACGACGCUUAAAUUUUAGCGGGAAAUAGACGUUUUUAAAAUUUCAGUAUCGAUUAGUACCGAACUUGAUACUUUUGACCGCACUACUUCACACUAAUUCUUAACAAUAUUUCUUCCCUUGUCUAAAGAUACAUUAAAACUGAGCAAUUUUGUAGCAAAUAAAAGUAAACAAAGGGCGUCCAUUCUUUUUGCACAGUUACCAUACAAAUACAUUUUAUUUUUGGUUGAUUUUUUUGCUUAAUAAAUCGGGACCUGAUUUCAAAAUAACAAAUAAGGUAGUAUCAGCCCCAUCAUCCCAAAUACAAAAAGUUACUUUUUAAAAGUUACUUUACUUUUGGUAAAUAAAUGUAUUUGUUUUUAUAAACCAGGGCCUGAUUGGAACAUAUUAAUUUAAAUAUUAAUGUUUCCAUUUUAUUCAAUAACUUCUGUUUAUUUUCUUUGUUUAGUAAAUCAGGACAUGAUUCGAAAGUAAUUGUGAGUAAAAAUCAGUGUGUUCGUUUUGAUUGCAUGACUACAAAAAAAUUGAAAAUUAUAUAUAUUGUUUGCUUCGUAAAUCAAAAACAGUAAAUAAAAAAUGCUAAUCAUUUUUUUCACAUAAUAAAUAAACCUGAGUUUAACGUAAUAGCUAUGUGAAGUUACUAUGAAAUAAAAUGCUAAUUUUGUAAAUUAUUUUUGUUCCGUAAAUCGGGGCCUGAUAUAAAAGGAAAUACAGACGUGUCAAUAGUUUGUGUGCAGAAAAUUAUAGAUUUUGUGCAUUUAAGUGCAUUUUAGAUUUUUGUGCAUUUUGUGCAAUUCAAGAAACACAAAUUGAUUUUGCAAUUUGACAUGUUUUGAAAGUUAUGUUUUGAUUGGUGUUCGUUUUUAACUAUCACAAUAACAAUAACAUAGGAAAUUCUUUUUUUGCUGUUGUUGUUUAAUUAAUCAGAAUCUGAAUUCAAACUUACUACGUGUAAAUAAAGGUCUGUCCAUUUAAAAUAAAAAACGUUAAUCAACUUUUUUUUUUUUUUUGCAUAGUUAAUCCGAACCUAAAUUUAACGUAAUCACUUUGUGGAGUUACUACAAAAUAAAAUGCAAAUUUUGUUGAUUAUUUUUGUUUUGUGAAUCGGGGCUUGAUUUAAAAGCGAUUACGGAUGUGUCAAUAGUUUGUGUGCAGAAAAUGAUUGAUUUUGUGCAUAUAAAUCAAGAAACGCAAAUUGAUUUUGUGAUUUGACAUAUUUUGUAAGUAACGUUUUGAUUGGUGUUCAUUUUGAUUGCAAUAAAUAACAAUUAAAUAGGAAAUCCUUUUUUUUUUUGUAAAUCAGAAACUGAAUUACAAGUAACUAUGUAAAUAUGGACAGGCCUUUUUUUUUUUCGAAAUUACAAUAAAAUCGUAAAUCUUUUUUUUCACAUAAUAAAUUCAAACCUGAAUUAAACCUUAUCGUUCUAUGUGAAGUUACUACAAAAAAGGAUGCUAAUUUUGUUGAUUAUCUUUGUUUCGUAAAUUGGGGCCUGAUUUAAAAGUAAAUACGCACAUGUCAAUAGUUUGUCUGCAGAAAAUGAUUGAUUUUGUGCAUAUAAAUCAGAAAACGCAAACAGAUUUUUGCGAUUUGAACAUGUAUCCACUGUGCUAUUCAUAAAUCACACUUUUUUAUGUUUAUUAUUAUUUAAAAAGCACCAAAAUGUUUUUCGGGUGUCAGAAUGUGAAGCGCCUGGCAAGAUUUUCACACCACAUAGAUUCAGGGUAGUCUCUUCGAUAUUUUGUUUGAUCAUUUGUAUUGAACAUGUUUUUAUUUCCAAUCACAUUUGCCUUUUGUAUUCAAAAGCAUCACUGUAUUUUGACUGUUCUUUUCAGCAAUUACCAAUAGAUCUCAACUGCUAAUCGACAACAACGAAAAAAAAAAAAAGCUUGCUGCGAAAUGUAAUGUGCAAUACUUUUAUAGAACGAGAUGCAUUGUCUUCACCUGUCUUUCAAAAAGUUGGUACUAGGAAGAGUGUGAUUGCGUAUGAUUUUUAUGUCCGAAACAAGGAACAGGGGCCAAUCGAAGCUACCGUUCUUGGUAUGCUGAAUUAACACCAAAAAACAAAACAAAACAAAAAAAAAGCUCAAUGCAGAUCUACUUACUGUGACAAUUUAUACUUCUUUGUUUUGAAUUAGAAAGCUUAACUAUAAGGAUUAUGCCAAUGUUUUGGUUUAAAUGUGUUGGAUUUAAUAUUAUACUUUUUUUUUUGGCCAAGUUAAACAAAACUGUAGCCAAAUUGAAAGGGAGUCGCUUGAUUAAUUUCAACAGCUUCUCUCUUGGUACCUUUUGGGAUGCUUUAUAAGUUGGAUUUUAAAGUGUAAAUGUUGAAAGAGGCACAAUUUCUUUAGCAAUACGAAUCUGAAUUGCAGUCUCAUGGUGUGUUUUAAUAACAGAGACUGAUUUCCUUUUAAAAACCCUUCCAUUUUUUGAAGAACAGCUAAAGGGGCAGUGUUUAUACAUGUAGGAGAGAACCUUUUUCAAGUCAUGAUUAGAAAUGUUUUAUUUUUUUAUUUCGAGGAUAUCUGUUCGUUCAAAUAAAAAAGCAAGUGUAUUGAUAAAAGAUUUUACAGUACCCAAAAAAAAAAAAGAAAAAAAUGGAGAAAAAAAAGUUUUUAUCUCUUAAUAAACAUUUAUCUUUUCAAAAGCU